UACAGUAUCACUUUAAAACAUUUGUUGUGCAAUACAUGUACACAAUGCACAUUUUACAUACCAGUUUCAUUUUUAGGUUAUGGAAAGGAGAGAAAGAUCGAAAAGAAAAGAACGAGAAGUACCACGUGGCAGUUCAAAAAGUGAUCAGAAAGCGCAUAGAAGUUCAAAACAAAAUGAAGAAUCUAAAAUAAAAAAGGAGAGGAGAAGCUCCAAUGUGGACAAGACCUCCAAAGAUUCUAAAAUUGAUGAAAAAAGAAAAAGCAAAUCACAUCAGAGGAUUGAUGAUAGUGAGGAAAGAAAAGGGAGCAAAGAAAGAAAAGGCAGUAAGACCUCUGAAAGGGCGGUUGAAAAAUCUUUGUCAGGAAACAACACUAAUGGUCAUAGAGAUGACAAUGACAAAAGAGGCAAUGAACUAAAGGUGAAAGGUGAAAAGGUGAAAGAAGGUGAAAGAAGCAGAGAUAAAGAAAAGAAAAGAAGCAGAGAUAAAGAUGAAAAGAGAAGCAGAGAUAGAGAUGAAAAGAGGAGCAGAGAUAAAGAGGAAAAAAGAAGUGGAGAAAGAGCUGAAAAAAGGAGUAGAGAUAAAGAUGAAAAAAGGAGCAGAGACAAAGACGAAAAAAGAAGCAGAGAUAAAGAUGAAAAAAGGAGCAGAGAUAAAGACGAAAAAAGGAGCAGAGAUAAAGAUGAAAAAAGAAGUAAGGAUAGCAAGAGCUCAAAGAGUAGGGAAGAUAGGGAUAAAGGAAGCAAGGAUGAUCGAGACAGAACAAGCAAAGAAGAUAAAAAUACAAAUUCUCAGAUUUUGGAUUCUGUUGAUGAACAACCUUUGCCUAAGAAAUCAGAAGAAAGCAUUAAAACAAAGCCUGGGGAUGAAAAAGAACCUGAGAGUGAUGCCAAAUUGCGUGAAGCAGCCAUGAUGGAAGCUUUAAGAUCUAAAGAAGAGGAUGAGGAAGAACCAGAUUAUGACUAUGACGAGGAGGAGUUUGACGAUUAUGAUGAUGAUUUUGAAAGUGAGGUUGAAGAUGAGGAUGAGGUAAACGAGUUCUCAAGUGACUCUUACGAUGAUUCUGAUAGUUAUGUUGAUAGUGAAUCCUCGUCUAAUGAUAUUAAUGAACAAGACAAUGGUUUGAGUGAGGCAGAACGUCUCCAGAUUAGGGAAGCAAUGGUGUUGGAGAAUUCUCGUGUUGGUUCCAGUUCACCUGCCAUGUUACCUUCCUCACCAGCAAACACACCUGUUCCUGGAUCACCUGCCAGUGAAGUUCGAGAAAAAGCCAAACAAAGGAGAAGUGCAAGAGGACUUGACUUUGCGACUGCACAAAAAACACAGGCUGUGACCAAGGCUCUGAGCAAAUCUGCACAGAGAGGAAACGAUCUCAUGAGAUUGAUUGAAUUGGAUACAAUAUACUUUGAUUUCUUCGAACUGAAACCACAAACUGAGUAUGAGCUGUUUAUGAGGUCGUUUGGCCGAAGUGAAACUUAUCAGAAGUACACUCAAUACAAUGAAGACUCCAUUGACAAAGAGACAUCAACUGAACCGAGUGAUACUAAGACAUGUUGGACACAGCAUCCUAUAGAAGCUUCAUUAGCAUCUGCACACGAGGGAGAAGACAUUGAAAAUGAAGAGGAUACUGGUCGCUACAACCCCGUCACCCUAUCCAAAUUUGUAUCUUUUUCCUCACAGGUAGUUUUUACUCUAUUAGAGGAGAGAGCCUCUAGACAUGGUUACACUCACACGUUCAAACCGAUAGAAGCUUCCAAAAUCAGCAACUCAGCUGCUCAAUUUCCCCCAAAUCAGAUUGCAGCUGGAAGAUCACCUAUUUUUACGUAUCCGAUAUCAGCUCAAAUGUUUAUGACAUGUUACUCGAAAUCAAAAACUGACAGUUUAGUUAACAGUGUAGGUUUUUCCUGCACGUGGAAUCUUCAAAAUGUGUACGAUCCUGUGACAGUUCUCAUCAGCAAUUCUGCCCAUCGGUGUGCGUGUGUCAGUUCAUACAAUCACAAUAUCGUAUUUGUCGGCUGUGAAGAUGGCUCCGUCUGCCUCUGGGACCUUAAUGAAUCCGAUUCAAUGCAUAAAAGUUAUCAGUUGAAUAACAAACAUUUUGUUGGCAGAUUACCAACAUACAGCACAAGCUCCAUUCAGGUUGCUGAGUCACACAACUCUAAGAUAACCAGUAUUCAGGCAAUUCGUUUUGAUCAGGAGCAACUUCAGAUGUCGUCCUACCAGAUUGCGUCUCUUGAUGAGCACGGAGUGAUCGUGAUUUGGGUUGUGCUUCCCGUCCUUGAUACCUCAUUUUCUGGUUCUCAAACGGAUCUUGGACUUCGACCCGGUGGUAAAAUCAAAUUGGUUAAAAGUGCUUCCAUAAAUGCGAACUUCCCUCAAAAUUCCCCUGAUUUGUUUCCAGAGUUACGGACUUAUGCAUUCCAGCAGAGCUAUUCAGAUUCCAACUUGUAUUAUGUUGCUACAGAUAAGGGAGCUGUCCUCAAAGCUUCUAGAACACAAAGUCUCUCGCACCCAAACUACUAUGCAGAGGAAAAUGCAGUUCCUUCUAUCGUGGGAUCAAUCGACUUCAACAAGUUUAACUGGAAGUACUUUUUAUCUGGAUCUUCAGACGGCAGCAUAUCUUUGUAUGCGGUUGGUCGCAGCACUCCCCUUGUUGUGUGGGAUAGAUCAACAAGAGGUCGUCCUAUUCGUUCAGUAAGGUGGUCCCACUAUAGCUCCACUAUCUUCUACGUCAUGGACUCUGCUAACAAGUUUUACUUGUGGGACUUGUCUGUUCGGGACUCCACUCCCUUGGUUAUUGAGACUUAUGAUCAAAAAGGUUUGUUGAGUUUCACAGAGCUGUUACCAUCUGCGGCUGGUCAGUCUUCUCCUGUUAUUAUUUUGGGUUUUAAAGAUGGGUCCAUUGCGGCUCAUCAUGUUAUGGAGGAAGCUAUGAACAACAAGGUUGAUAACGUUACGAAACUGCAAGGAUAUUUAUCAUUGGUUUUGUAGCACAUGAGUUUUGUACUACUUUGAUGUUUUAUACAUCCUUAAAUAUUGCUUGAUGCAAUAAAUCUGUACAUUUAUGUUGAGAAAUUUUUGAUCAAUCUAGGACAAACGUGUGAUGCUCUCGAGCUCACGUGUGCAGAGAUCAAGUGUUCUCUAAUGUGUUAUAGGGAUUGUUGAAUUUUUAAAUGUGUUGUUUAGUAUCUUGAAGUCAGAGCAUGAUAUGAUAUUUAAUUUGAUGUUCGGCAAAAUGGCAGGCCCAAUUUUAUCGUAUUUAUAAAUCAUUUUCUGUUUUCAUUUUCUAGAAUUUCUAGAGUU